CGUCGCAGGCUCGCCGCCCAGGACUACAUCGUCGGUGCCUUCCGCAAGUUUGCCACGGACCACACUUGCCACAUCACGCUGGUCAUCCAUCCCCGCAAGGAGGACGACGAGAAGGAGCUGCAGACGGCCUCCAUCUUCGGCUCUGCCAAGGCUAGCCAGGAGGCCGACAACGUCCUCAUCCUGCAGGACCGUAAGCUGGUGACGGGGCCCGGGAAGCGCUACCUGCAGGUGUCCAAGAACCGCUUCGAUGGGGACGUGGGCGUCUUCCCCCUGGAGUUCAGCAAGGCCUCGCUCACCUUCUCCUCCAGCAAAAGCAAGGUCAGGCUGAAGAAGAUGAAGGAGGAGAAGGCACUUUUAGCCAAGAAAGCUCUGGAGGGUGGCUCGGGAGCCUCCAAGAAACCAUGA